UCUUCCCCUCCUACAUCAGUACCACGUGGGGUGGUGGUUUAACUCCCUUUUUUUGUUGAAGAUAUUGGAAAGUAACGAAGUGAUUGAGUCAUUGAAAGACGAGAACGAGAGAGGGGUAAAAAGGGACGGAAAUCAUAAGAGACUGGGGCUGAAAACAGUGCACACGUGAUUCUUCAUUGUUUUUGCAACACUUGGGUUAUGUCCUGGACUCUCUCCUCAGAGUAGUUCAACUCUGAGGUCAGUACCGCCAAGGACCUCAAUCGAACCACAGGUAGAGGACACCCUAAACUAAACCAGGCCUGAAAUCAAGCGCCAGCUAAUCAAGUCUGCAUACUGAGGCGAACCAAUCUCCGCAGAGCACCGGAACAUGAAUUUAAUUGAGUCAGAGCUGGAGGCUGAUCAGGGACAGAAUGCAACCCCUUUUUUCCCUGACAAAAACUCGACGCUGUUGAGAAAACCAAGGAUAGGACUCGUGAAGGAUGAUCUCAAGUUCUUGAAAACUGUCGAGCCAAUGCCCACCACCGUAAUGGGGCCUGUCAACUUCACUGCCUAUGACACAGGGAGGGACAUCAUACCUGUUUACUGCUCCAUUCUUGCAGCAGUUAUUGUGGGACUUGUCAUCUAUGUUACCGUGAAAUGCUGGAACACGUGCAAGCAGAAGCAGCAGCUGGCCAAGGCGCGGGCUGGUGAGCUCGACGGAGGAGGUGAAGUUGUUCAUGCAGACCCAGCCCUUUACAGUAAGCUUCCACCGCAGAAACGGGAGGAGAUUGAGCAACUACUUGAUGGCCCGGGAGCAAACCGAGCUGACUGGCGCAACCUGGCACAUCUCCUAGGCUACGAUGAGGAGCGUGUGGCCACUAUUGGCCGAGGGGAGGAUCCGGCUCACACGCUGCUGUCUGAUUGGUCGAUGAGGGCUGAUGCUAACUUGGAUGUGCUUUGUAAGGCUCUGGGAAGGAUGGACAGGAAUGACAUCAUAGAACGCCUAAAAUCAGAGCCAGCUGUGACUUCUGUAGUGUGAAGGAGAAGCCAGUACCCAGUGUCAGAGACUGAGUGGGUCACCCUAAUUCAAAAGUCCAUCUUGUUCUUGCAAAUUUAUUUAAAAGUAAACUCCCUGGUUGUAGCUUGGACAUGAGGCAAUCCAUUACCUGUAUGAACUGGAAAUCUAUCAGUAGCCAUUCACUUAUACCUGACAACUCAGCAUGAAAUUUGUGGGGAAUUUUCAUUUCUGUUGAUUUUGAGCAUCGUGCAUCCUGCACUCUGUUACUCAGGCUGUGUGCCCUGUCCAGCCUCAUUUGGAGUUUUUUUACAUCUGCUCAAUUCCUCCUCUUGGACUAAUUCCCAUUUGUAGAUUCCUUGAACUCUCACCCUCCAAAGCCUCUUGAAAGUGCCUUCACUUUGUCUGGAGCAGCAAAUUUUGGGAACUUUUUGGAGAGGCAACAUGACCAAGCCAGUCUUCUCUGCAGCUGAUCUGACAAGGUGGGACAGACUCUUCCUAACAGCUGAGGGAAAGGGAGGAAGAAGCUGAAUCACAGUGCAUUAUUCAGGCUUGGGAUUCCUCCACAUUAAAUUUAGCAAGUUAAUAUGGUUUUCUAGAUUCUGCAGGUGUUACCCAACUUGUCAAAGGACGAGUUUAAGACCAUUCUCCUUGAUGGUGGUAUUCCACAUUCAUAAAUCACAUUGUAUGGAACAAGUUAGACACUCAAAAUGACAAUAAGCUUCUGUGACUCCUUACAAAAUGGUUUCCUUCAAAUGGAAGUCAACACUGGUGCAUUAACCCACCAAGGUUAAGGAAGGGGAAAAUGGAGUCACUGUGGACUGGUGAACUAUUAGAGUAUGCAUUAAUUGAGUAGAGAGGCCUAGAAACUGCUUUGUAGCAUUGACUUGACCUGGGGAUUUUUGGGUGGGGGAGGAGGGAGGGGUUUAACUGAGCACUGUUUGUGGAAGUUAUGUAGUGCAGACUUCAGAUAUGAGGUUCCAUAAGUUUUGCUAGAUGCAUAAAGCUGCACUAAAAAUGAUAGUAUCAGCAGAACAUUGUGUUAAUGUGCAAGAAGUUCUUGCAGUUGUUGCAAGUUGCCAGCGUGUACAAUUUUUUGCAGUCUCUGAAUGCUGGAACUUCUGAGGGAAGCCUGUGCCCAGUCUGUCUGCUCUGGUGAGCCACAGGAAAUGUAGAUCAAGUCUCAGUCAGUUUGGAAUUUGAGUGUUCUAAUUUAGUAGUGAGCAGCAAUGUGGUAGAUAUCUUUAGGAACAGAAGCUAGGAAUGAUCCUGGGAAGCUGAGAGUGACUGUGCCUCUAAACGUUAUGGGCAUGGGGUUGUAUAAGGUCAAAUAUCUUGCAAGUCUUUACUCUUUUUAAGUAACAUUUUAGUGGAAACAGGAUUAGAAAAACAAAGCAAAACACAAACUGCUGAGGAACUCAGAGGUACUGACAGUCUGUGAAUAGAAAUGGACAGCUGAUGUUUCUGGUUAAGACCCCUCCUCUCGUAAAACAAAAUCUAGUUGAUCUGUGGAUAGAUUAGACAUGCUAGGUUGGAAAUCACACUGCAGUUGAAUGUUUUGCACUACCAUUUGUGUCAUUUAGUGGAGUUUUAACCAGCUAAGAAAUGCUAGGCAGAAGGAUCAAAAGUUCAAUGAGAAAUGAGGUGAAUUUUCUGGUGUGGACGGCAUCCAGAAAUAUGCCAACCCAACUUUCUGCAGCACAGUAGUUUUUAUUUUGCAGUCAUGUGAUUUAAUUUAAUGCCUGAGUAAUUGGGGAGGACCCCAAUUUUUAGUUAGAACCUCUACAUUGUAAUCCCAUAAGAUGCUCUAAGUCAUGAAAGGCAGUUCGAGAGAGAAGUGGAGUAGGGAGAGUUGGUCUGUGUGAGAAAAUGUUCCUAGAGAAAACAGGCAGCAGUAUCAUGAGAAAUGGAUUAAUGUGUUAUUCUCAAAAACCCAACUUAUUUGGCCAAAACCCGUCUUUGCCUAGAGUUCACAAUGAAAUUUCACAUUGUAAAUAGAUACAAAGUUUUCAGAGUCCGUGUGAAAUAAAUUCAAAUCUGUCUCUGAACCUCCUUCCCAAUGGAAGGAAUGUAGAUUUAAUCCAACUGUAGGAUAACGUGUAAAACAGAAUACACAAAUGCAGAAGUUUCCAAGAGAAUUUGGUAUAAAUGUUGCCUGAUUCCUAAAGAGAAUUGUGUGUGAAACCCCAAUGUAGCUUGGUCAGUGGUGGAUCUGUGAUUAAUGCUCAGCCCAUUAGAAAUUAUGGGGAGGCAUACCUGUACUAAAGAAUUUCAGAGGGGACUGUAACUUUGCUCAGCCUAAUCAUUGCUAAUGCUGUCUCUUCACAAACUACAGAGUGCUGAGUAUUGAAACCUUCACUUAGAUUCAUACAGUGUUCAAUCAAUCCAAUUAAAGUCAGAUUUAUCAAAAUGAUCCCUUAUUAAAGCAGUUGUUGUAUUGAAUAAAAUGGCAGCUCAUGCCCAAUAAUGAAGUAUUUACUAAUUUGUCAUUUUUGAGGCAAUAUGCUAGCAUUAUUUGUAUUGUUUAUAUAUUUUUUAAUAUUAAAUACUGGACAUAGGUAGAAAAGGCACAGCCUUGGAGGAGGAAGCUUUUAACUCACUUUUUUAUGGAACGUACAUAAAGGAAUGAACAGGGGCCUUUUUGGCUCUUUGUUUCAAAUUGUCUCAAUUUGAUAUUGUACUGUAAUCGUGUUAGUGUCUUAUGAAUAAAUUCAUAUCCUAGAUAAUCAAUUUUACAUUAUGGCAAAUAAACAUUUGGAAAAAAUCAUAA